AUGUAUUUUAAUUAUGAAACUAUUGUUUUGGAAUUUAAAAUUAAUAAAAAGGGUUGUUCUGAAUAGACAGUAGCAACAUAAGGUGAUCAUUCUAAAUAUACUAUGUCCUUAGUGGAAGUUUAUAGAAACGAUUCCAAUUCAAAAUCAUCAAGAGUAAAUUAUUCAGAAAUCACAAAUCAAAGCAGUUUUAGUGUUACUAUUUUAAAUUAUACCUUAACUUCUAGAACUGCAUACACUUUCGAAUAAACAACCCUUGAUGCUUUACUUAAUUUUUCAAUUAAAAGAAACAUUACAAUUGACAUUACCUCUGGAGGUAUACUUUGUUAAUUUUAAGGCACUAAAAAGUUUCAGAAUUAUAGAAAAGAAACUCAUAUAUACAUAUCAUGUAAAGAUUUUGAUACUCAAUAUGACUGGAAUGAGGAUCCUGGUAUUUCAAUAAAUGUUGAAUGUGCUGACCUGACUAUGAAUUCACUUUGUAAGAAUUUAAAUCAAAAAUUAAUCUAAAUCAAUAAAACUGAAAGUGUCCAAGUAAUUCCCAAAUAAACUAUCAAACCUUACACUAUUUAAAGUUGGUCAGUAGUGGCUUCAAAAAACUAAUACUCAGAUAUGUUUAAAUAAAAUAUUGUCUAUUUAGAUAAUGAUUUUAAAUUAUUGAAUGUAACUUAUAGUAAAGGGUAUUUAAUGAGGGCAAUAAAUAACUUUGAAAAUUUGGAGUUCACUUUUACUAUUCCUUUUGAAGAUAGGCAGUAUCUUGUCGAUUAUCAAGUAGCUAUUAUUUAUAACUUCAAACUUGUAUAGAUAUUAUUAUCUGAAUACUUUUAAUAAGAAUUUCGUAUGUUUGACUAAUUUUAGGAAUUUACAAAAGGAGAUAAAACAAAUCUGAACUUUUUGGCUUAAUUUACAAAUGAAAUAAUACCUAGUCAAGAAGAUUUAUAAAUAAAUGUUAAUUAGCCUCCUACAUGUUUAGUCAGUUUAAGUGACUAAACAGUUUAAGCUUUUAAACCCUAAAAGGUAAUUACAGUUUGCCAUUUUUCUGAAUCAGCUCCUUUUACUUACCAAUUGAGAUAUUUUCUUUAAAAAUAAGAUUUAAUUGAUUUUCUGAAUAGAACAACUGAUUAUUCAUUAAUCUUGAGCAGUUAUUCAAGUUCUUAUACUGUAUAAGUCACUCUUCCAUUCUCUGAUGGCAUUCUUCUAAUUUAGGCAAUGGAUUCAAAAGGAUCUUACUUAAAUAUUGAAAAAUAGCUAAAUGUAACAAAGACUGUGCUCAAUUGUUCCUAGAACAAAAUUCAGUAAUAGAAUUUAAAUUUCUAAAUUUCAUUAUUAUUAGAAAUUGUAUUGAAUCAUUACGACGAUUAAAUUUUAUAUACAAAUAUACAAACCUAUUUGAGAGCUGAUAAUAUUGAUGAUCAAUUGUUAGUAUAUCAAACUAUUAAAUUGUAUAAAAGAAUAAUUCAAAAUAAAGAUUCGUACUCUUCUUCUAGAUUAUAAAAUGAAAAUUUAAACAGUUGUUUUGAAAAUUUCACAAAAACCUUUUAUGUCAACAUUACAAAUGUUAAUAUUUCAUUAACUGUCACUCCACCUAGUUUGCUAGAAGAACUAAAAUAAAUUAUGUCAAUCACUCAGAAAAUGAUAAAAAAGCUUGCAGAUUUUAAUGAAUAAAUUCUCCAAAAAGAUGUGUUCUUGGAUGAAAAAUUGUAUUAAAAAAAAUAAGCUAUUAUAAACUCUUUAUCAGCUAUAUUGUAUUUAACUGAUGAUAUCUUCCUUAAAAUCCCAAAAGCCACUAUUACUUCCAAUUAAGAUAAAGAUUAGAUUAUUAAUGUAGCAGAAGGAUUAAUAAGUCUGAUUGAAAAGAUUGCAAAGCAUCUUAAUAUUCAAGCAAAGGUUAAUGGGUUUCAAUUAAGUAAUAAUGGACUAAUUCUAAUAUGGUAAUUAUCCAAAAAUACAAAAGAAAUGAUAAAUAAACAAUUUAAUAUUGAAAGAGAUUUAUUAGAUGGAUUAAUUGAUUUUGUUUAGAAAGAACAAAUAGAAUUAAAUUACAACUAUUUAAAUUUAUCUCAAAAGUUAUAAUCCUAAUUGCAAAAAUUCUUUAAUUUAACUAUUCUCGAAAUAAAUGAAAAGACCUUGAAGAAAGCUACUUUAAAGAAUCAUCUUUAUAAUGAUCGUUAUAUUGAUUAUCAAUCUGCACCUAGAUAAUAUAUAAUGGACAUGCUUUAAACUCCAUAUUGCUAAGAACAAGUUUCUUAAGAAAAACUCUAUUCAUAUGAUUGUUUUAAUAUCAAUAAGGAUGGAAAUUUCUAUAAAUGUGAAUUAUCAACUGAAGAAAUUGAUAAUAAAACUGUAUAAAUAUCUUGUAAAUGCCAACAAUUAGGAAUUUCAUAAGAAAAUAUCUCUUAUUCUCAAAAUGAGAAUAAAAUUGAAGAUAAUAAUCUAAUAUUAAAUGAAUACCCAAUUUUACUGUUUCAUGGUAUUUUCAUUGCAUUUUCUUACUUCAUUUAUUUUGAAUUAGUCUCAAUUGAAAUUAAAUAAUAACAAACACCAUAAAAUUCUAGAAUAGAUUGUGAAAUAGUAUAGAUGAAAUUUAUGAAUCAGGAAAACAUAAGAUAUUCAACCAUUAUCCAGGAACUUUAGCAGUUUUCAAAAUAUGCUUCAAGUUCAUUCAUGAAGUAUUAUCUUGCUUUAAUGCUGUAAAUACAACUC